AUGGACUCAAAUUGGUUAGAACUUGGUGAUUCUUCUCUCAGUUUCGACAUCAAUCUCAAUUCUCAUCAUGGAUUCUUCAAUCAUCAUCAUCAUCAUCAUCAUCAGAAACAGGAGUUUCAAACUGAGAUUGUUAAUCCCAGGACUAAACCCUCAGUGCACCAAGAGGCAAGUUUGUUAGUAGAGAAGUUGAAUCGUGUGAAUGAAGAGAACAAGAAGCUAAGUGAGUUACUGGCUUUGACAUGUGAGAAUUAUAACAGUUUGAAGAGCCAAAUGAUUGAUUUAUUGAACAAGAAGAACGAGAAUGAAGGGCUUGCUUCUUCUGCUGCUCCCAAGAAGAGAAAGGCUGAUCAAGAGAUUAAAGGAGGAAGACAUGAAGACAAUUCUGAGAACAGUUCUAGUACUGAUGAAGAAUCAUCCCAAAAGAGAAUAAAGGAAGACAUGAAAACAAAGAUCUCAAGGGUUUAUGUACGCACAAGUGCUUCUGAGACUAACCUUGUUGUAAAAGAUGGAUAUCAAUGGAGGAAAUAUGGUCAGAAGGUCACCAGAGACAACCCAUCUCCUAGAGCUUACUUCAAGUGUUCCUUUGCACCAAGGUGCCCUGUAAAGAAGAAGGUGCAAAGAAGUGCUGAAGAUCGAACCAUAUUGGUAGCAACAUAUGAAGGCGAGCACAACCACCCAAACCCUUCAAGUGCUGAGACAGCAUUGGGUUCAAAUCAUGGUGUAACCGCCGCCCUAUGUGGCUCAAUCCCCUGCUCGGCCUCAAUAAACUCAUCUAGUUCAGGUGGUCCAAUGAUAACACUAGAUCUAACCCAGCCUGCAGUUAAUGAAGCAAAGAAUUGUAGCAGCCCAGAAUUAAAGUCACCGGCGUUCCAGCAGUUGUUGGUUGAACAAAUGGCUUCUUCUUUGUCCAAAGAUCCUACUUUCACGGCAGCACUUGCAGCGGCUAUCUCCGGAAGAAUUCAAAAGCAAUCCGUAGCUGGAAAAUAUUGAUAAAAGAAUUUUCUUUGUAUUUUGUU